AUGCCCGAUAUUCGAUUGCUCAACGCUCAGAACUCCCAUUCGGAGGCACCAGUGAAAAUCUCAUCGAUCAAAGCGGGUCGAACAUGGAAUAUUCGAAUCUCUCCCUCUGUCGACCGAUCGAAAAAUCCAAUCAGAGAGACUCUGGCUUCUAUUACUGCUAAUGCUCCCUCAACUUCAAAGGUCCCGAUUAAUCUGGGCUUAGGAGAUCCCACCCAUUACCCUCUUCAUCCUCCUCCCGCAGCUGCCAUCGCUGCAGUGGAAUGUGCGGUUUCAGGAGGAAGAGCAAAUGGCUAUUUGAAUGGAGUCGGAUCGAUGGAAGCUAGACAGGCGGUGGUAGAUUAUCAUAAAAGAUGGGAUGGAGUAGAUUACGACGCAAGUGACAUUGUACUGACUCAUGGUGUCGGCCAAGCUCUUGACCUACUAUUCUCGGUCAUGAUACCUCCAGCUUCCGUCGAACGUGCCAAUAUACUUGUCCCUCGUCCCGGCUUUGCUCAAUACACAGCUUUACUUGCCGAUCUUGAUGCAGAAAUUCGAUAUUAUGAUUGUAUCGAGGAGAACGAUUGGGAAGUGGACCUGGACAUGGUUGAUCAAUUGUGCGACGAGGAUACCAGAGCUAUUAUCCUUACCAAUCCUAGCAACCCUUGUGGAAGCAACUACAGUCGAGAAGUGUUGAAGGAUUUGUUGAAAGUAGCGGAGAGACAUAAAGUACCGAUUAUUGCGGAUGAGAUAUAUGGGCAUAUGACCUGGUCCUCGCCCUUCACUCCAUUGGCUUCCCUGUCCAAAUCUGUACCAAUCAUUACGCUAUCAGGGUUAUCCAAACGAUUCUUGGUCCCAGGUUGGCGAUUCGGGUGGGCCGCCCUACAUGAUCCAUUAGGCGUGGCAGCGGAUGUCAAGCGAGGGAUGGCAGUAUGGGGUAACCGUUUCAUGGGUCCGAAUUCCAUCAUUCAGGCCGCACUGCCCACGAUUCUCGCGACAGAGUCCGAAUGGUUUGAUGAGGUUAUAUACAAGAUUGAGACAUUGGCGAAAAUCGUUUAUCAGGGACUGUCAGAUACUCCUGGUUUGAGCACCACCUUUCCAAGCGGAGCAAUGUAUUGUUUUGCGAAAAUCUCAAGAGAUGCAUUUCCGGACCUCGAAGAUGAUGUCGCGUUUGCAACUGCCCUUUAUAACGAAGAAGCAGUCUUUGUAUUGCCCGGCAUCUGCUUCGGCAUGCCUGGAUACUUUCGAAUAGUUUUAGCCACACCCUCAGAUGUCAUGACAGAUGUUGUAGAAAGGGUUCAAGGGUUCUGUGAUAGACAUUAUAGACUUUAG